UGCAGGAGAAUCAUGCCCUCAAGUCAUUCAUUCAUAGCCGAGAAUUGCGUGCAUUGUAGCCGUUACAAUCACGCAAAUACCACUUAACUUUCCCAUUUUGCCCCUACCGACUAAAAAACGACCUUCAGCCUUUGCAUCAACUUCAUUUCUCUAUUGCUUCAAUUUCAAAUAAUAAAAAUAAAAAUAAAACACAACAAAAAAACCUUCGUCCGUCUUCGUUCAAACUCUAUAAAUAUCAAACAACCAUCACAAUUCCCCUCCACAUUCACCACUCACUCUCUCAUUCCCCUUCGCCGAAGAUAAACAUAUUUUAGUUGCUACUCAUGGGAACUGUUGUUGAAGCUGCAAACAAGGAUGCAAAUGGAAGCAUCCUGGAGAAAAAUCCUACAGUUGUUUUUGUGUUAGGUGGCCCAGGCAGUGGAAAGGGUACCCAAUGUGCAAAUAUUGUCCAAAAUUUUGGGUAUACUCACCUAAGUGCUGGUGAUCUUCUGCGAGCAGAAAUCAAAUCUGGUUCUGAAAAUGGUACAAUGAUUCAGAAUAUGAUUAAAGAAGGAAAAAUUGUUCCCUCUGAGACAGGAAUAGAGCCAUCAUUUGUCCUAUUUUUUGAUUGCCCUGAGGAAGAAAUGGAGAAGCGACUUCUUAGUAGGAAUCAGGGUAGAGAAGAUGACAAUAUUGAAACAAUAAGGAAGAGGUUUAAGGUUUUCUUGGAGUCUAGUCUCCCCGUGAUUAAUUAUUAUGAUGCAAAAGGAAAGGUUUGCAAGAUUGAGGCUGCAAGGCCUAUCGAAGAGGUAUUUGAGUCAGUCAAAGCAAUUUUUGGUCCAAAGAAUGAGAAGGCUGAUUAAGGAAGUUCACCCUUGAUUCCAUGCUGGAAAUUUCAAGGUAAAAGUUGUUGUAUCAUGAAUGGUAAAAGAUGCCAUAUAUUUUAUUUUUUCAUGUGACGCAUUUUAACAGUAUUUUGGUUCAAACCUUGCAUCAUGCUUCUAAGUAAUACCUAUGAACUUUACUGAGUUGGGCGACUGAAGAUUAGAAGUUCUUAGUGUACUGGACAAAUCAUGGUAGUGAUGUGGGGCAAUAGGAAUCUCUUAUUUUCCAAAUUGUUUUUAACAAUUUUAUUUAAGCUUAGAUAUCCUUCCAAGUGGUAAGGCAUCAAUUCUUUGUGGAUACCUUUCGGAUCUAUGUGGAGACACACUGUCUGGACAAGAUAUCUUGUGUAAUACUUUUAGAUAUUCUACAGGUCAUAUGGUUAGUAAGAUAUCUUGUGUAAUACUUUUAGACAUUCUAUAGUGAUGAAAAGUAAAGAAUAUUCUGUUAAAAUUGA